ACGGAGGCAACAAAGAACGUUGUUUUGUUGAGAGCUUUGGCUCCCAGCAUUAAAGGUCAUAUAUUUCGCCUUCCAAUACCAAGGAAGGCAACAAUGAUUAGGUCUACCCGUCUUCUGCUCUUGAGCUGCAGCCUCUUGUUGCUGUUGGCGAUUCCUGCAAGUGCUUUUCUUGUCCGACCAUCGAGUAUCGCUCCCUCCCACGAGGAAGUUUCGGCACAGUCUCAUCGUCGCCAUGAGGCGUCUGUAACAGUGAUCCAGAAGCACGCCUCUGAAGAAGACAAUGUCAGCCACGAAAGCGACGACGCCCUCGAGAUUGUGCUGUUUGGUGUCGGUGAUUUGCGUGUCGAUGAUCAUGAAGGCUUGCAUCGAGCACUUCGUCGGGACAACCAGGUACUGCCCCUCUUGAUUUUGGACGAUACCAGCCUGGCCAACAUUCCUGGUGUCGUCUCUCAUACCAUUGACACUGCCAAUAUGAUCACGACAGCCGUGGCUGAUUUGCAACAAAGUCUGCAGAAGCAGUUUGGGUUGGACUUGCAAGUUGUUUCAGAUGCAGAUUCUGUGCUUCCCGCCCUAAUGAAAGUCGUGCAGCAAUAUGCUGGUAGUGUUCGAGUUCAUGUCCAAGACUUGGGCGAUGCCGACAAUCAAAUUGGAUAUGGUCCCUUUUCCCAGUUACUGAAAGCCGAACUGCCGGUGGACUCCAACCUGGAAGUUGUGCCCUGGGCUUGUCACUUGCGAGAGGCGCCUUGGAAACAGGUAGACAGUCUGCCGGACCUGUACCCCGAUUUUGCCCAAAAGUUUGGCGAACUCCCUUUCGAGCCUCUCGCUGCUUUGGAUAGAGACUUGGAAGUAGACGGGGCGGAAGUUGCCGAGAAGGACAGACAGAUUCCCACUGCAGAGGAGCUGAUGGAACGAAUGCAAACACUGCUCAAGCUGGACCUGGAACAAGUCAAAGCCGAAGUCAACACUGGAAUCUUUCAGUCUCAUUGGGGAGGGCUGGACGCCUCUACGGUUGCAGAAUCCAAAGUACUGGAAAACUUGGAGACCUUUAUGUCUGACUGCAACGAAGAGGAUGCUGUUUGGGUCCAACACCCCACGUACCCCGCCCGAGGCUGCCCUCGCAAUCGUCGCAGCUUGGAGCACGCAACAUUCAACUGGAUGUUAAAAGGAACAGGAGAAGAAGGACAGGUGGAAACUAACAAUCUGCUAGCGGGAGAACCCAUCAUAAGAUACUUGGCGGCACCUCUCAUGCUGGGAACUGUGUCACCAAGACGAAUUUGGCACUCUUCCACAAGGUCUUUUUUCCAGUUUGUCAGUCCUCUCAAAACUUUGGUGGAAGGGCGGGAAUGGCACAAGCUAUUGGCCGCCAAAAACAUUCGGACUCGACCCGAGUACUCCAGUUCCAGUUUAAAAGAAGGCGAAACAGGCUAUGGAUACUGGAGGUGGCAUGGCUUCUUGUGCCGAUAUGCGCAAACACCACUCAAGAAAACGGACGUUGAGAGCACUAAAGAAGGAGUAAUGCUAUUUCACGGCUUUGGAGCUUCUGGUGGCCAAUGGAACAAGGCCAUGAAAGAACUCUCCGACAUUGUAUCCAGUGAGGAGAAUGCUGUCGACAACCGAAUGGAAGGUCUUGCACCCGAUUUGUUGGGCUUUGGACAGAGCGAAAAACCGUCUCUGUCCUACUCAAUCUACGUUUGGGACUCUCAGUGUACUGACUUCGUAAAAGAGGUCGCAACCUCGAAGUGCUCAUGGGACAGCUAUGUUGUUGGUGGCAACUCCAUCGGAGGGUUUUCAGCUGCUUCCACCGCUGCGAAUGAAUGCGUCUCAAUAGACGGCGACUCUCUCUGUUCCUCUGGAUCACCAGGAACAGGCAAAUGUAAGGGAGUCGUCUUGAUGAAUCCUGCUGGCCCCAUAUACUCGGAAGACGACAUCAAGGCGAAAUUGGAAGCAGUUGGCGAGGGAAACAAGCCCGGGACUGUGGCACAGGCAUCGGCACUGGGGGCACUCCCUCCUUGCAAACCACCACCGCGUCCCGUCGCACGUAUUUUUGGCAAUGGUUUGCUCUCCUACUUGAGACCUCGCAUCCAGUCAAUCUGCGUGAAUCUUUACCCCACAAAUGGCGCGGCGGUCGACGACGCUCUAUGUACAGAAAUCGAACGAGACAGUCUCGAUCCUGGCGCAAUUAAUGUGAUGAUAUCCGGAGCAAAGUUGCCACCACCGCGUAGUAUGAACGAAAUGCUGCAAAGUGACUUUGGAAGUGCGACAAGCAUGCAAUCAUCAGGUGUCGCCAUCCCGGAUGAAGCUUCGUUUGCUGGUCCAGUGCUUGUGGCCACCGGGGUUUUGGAUCCCUUGAACGAUGCAAAGGGUCGGGGUAACGGCCUGACUGCCCUUCGUGAAGGCAUCGAAUUCGAUCCAAUCAAUGCGGGCCAUUGCCCGCAUGAUGAACUUCCCAAUGACGUUGCCACGAGCAUUGCCAAGUGGAUGACGAAAACGGUACGCCCGAUGAAUACUGCAAACUACAAAUCGGCGUCGUCGCCAGCUGCGUUGUAAAUAGCUCUAUAUAGCAUAAAAAGACGUGUACAUACUUCCAGCCGUACGAAGCAAGUCUCGAUACGUAGUAUCGACCGUUCCAGCUGCAAAGAUGGGUU